AUGUCACAAAGCAUUUGGGUCGAUAGGUUAAGUAAUCCAACGUUGUCUACGUUACCACAAGAUUACAAGAAUCCUCAAGAGGUACCCUUUAUUUGCCAAGAAACUACUUCUAUAGAGGUUCCACAAUUGGAUACUCUACCAGAUUCUUUAAAUGAUCCCUAUAUUGUUGUUCUAUGUGUUUGGUCAUCACUGUUGUUUAGGUUAACUGGUGAUAAUGAUAUAAUUAUUUAUAUUUCCAAUUCAAAAAUAUUAAGGUUCGAAAUUAUUAGUACUUGGUCGUUCCAAGAAAUGUAUGAUACAGUAUGCACAGAACUGAAUAAACUUCAAGCUCUACCAUCCAUUGAAUCAUUAGAUACUUUAUCUCUAGAAAUACAAAAGCAAAAUGGAUCAGAGUUAAUUCCAAAACUGUUUACUCAGAUGGUCUUAUUAGAAGGUGAUACAAGCUUGGAUCAAUUCAAAUAUAAUCCGUUAGAUAUAUCUUUAUUAUUGCAUUUAUCUUCCACUGAAUCUGCAAAUUCCAUAUUAACCAUUAAUUACAAUUCAAGGAUUUAUUCCAAGGAAAGAAUUCUGAAUUUAUUUGAUCAGCUAUUACAAUUUAUUUCUGCUGUGAUUAUCGAUCCAAAGAGAAUCAUAGCAAAAAUCAAUCUAAUUACUCCUGAUUCCCUAACUAACCUACCAAACCCCAAAGCUGCAUUGGGUUGGUGUGAUUUUGUGGGUUGUAUACAUGAUAUUUUCCAAGAUAAUGCUGAAAGAUUCCCGGAAAGAACUUGUGUGGUAGAAACCCCAUCUUUUGAUUCUAAUUUACCUUUAAGAAAAUUUACUUAUGGUGAUAUUAAUCGUUCUUCUAAUUUAGUGGCUCAUUAUUUAAUCUCAAAGGGUAUUGAAGUUGGGGAUGUUGUAAUGAUAUAUUCUUCUCGUGGUGUGGAUCUAAUGAUUUGUGUGAUGGGUGUAUUGAAAGCAGGUGCUACAUUUUCCGUUAUAGAUCCUUCUUACCCACCUGAAAGGCAAACUGUUUAUCUAAGUGUGGCUAAACCUCGUGGUUUGAUUGUUAUCAGAAAAGCUGGUCAAUUAGAUCCAUUAGUUAAAGAUUAUAUUGCUAAAGAAUUAGAUAUUAAAGCAUUUAUUCCCUCUAUUGAAAUCCAAGAUAACGCCACACUACAAGGUGCAUUGACAAACGAUCCUUUAGAAAAAGUUAGAUCUUUAGAAAAUGUGCGUACAGAUAUCAUUCUGGGUCCAGAUUCGAAUCCAACAUUAUCGUUCACUUCCGGUUCCGAAGGUUUACCAAAAGGUGUGCUAGGUAGACAUUUCUCAUUGGCUUAUUAUUUUAAUUGGAUGUCCAAGACUUUUAAACUUUCUUCCUCUGAUAGAUUUACCAUGUUAAGUGGUAUUGCUCAUGAUCCAAUUCAAAGAGAUAUGUUUACACCAUUGUAUUUAGGUGCUCAAUUAUAUGUCCCAACUCAAACAGAUAUUGGAACCCCAGGUAAAUUAGCUGAAUGGAUAUCUAAAUAUCAAUGCACUGUUACACAUUUAACCCCAGCAAUGGGUCAAUUAUUAGCAGCUCAAGCCACAGCACAAAUUUCAGCCUUACAUCAUGCAUUUUUCGUGGGUGAUAUCUUGACUAAAAGAGAUUGUACACGUUUACAGUCCUUAGCCCCAAACUGUAAUAUUGUUAAUAUGUAUGGUACUACUGAAACUCAAAGAGCUGUAUCAUAUUAUGAAGUUAUUUCUAAAAAUCAAGACCCAACUUUCUUAGAGUCAUUAAAAGAUACAAUCCCAGCAGGUAAAGGUAUGUAUAACGUACAAUUGUUGGUUGUGAAUAGAUAUGAUAGAACUCAAAUAUGUGGUGUGGGUGAAGUUGGUGAAAUUUAUAUGCGUGCAGGUGGUUUAGCGGAAGGGUACCGUGGUUUACCAGAUCUAAACAAGGAAAAAUUCGUUAAUAAUUGGUUCGUAGAUGAGAAUCACUGGAAUUAUUUAGAUGAUAAGAAAGAUAAACCUUGGAAUAAAUACUGGCUGGGUCCAAGAGAUAGAUUAUACAGAACAGGGGAUUUAGGUCGUUAUUUACCUGAUGGUAAUUGUGAAUGUUGUGGUAGGGCAGAUGAUCAAGUUAAAAUUCGUGGGUUUAGAAUUGAAUUAGGUGAAAUCGAUACUCAUAUCUCUCAAUAUCCUUUAGUAAGAGAAAAUAUUACUUUGGUUCGUAAAAAUCAAAAUGGUGAGCCUACUUUAAUUACAUUUAUGGUUCCCAGAUUCGAUAUGGAAGAUCAAUUACAUAAAUAUUAUGAGCCUUUAUCAAAUAAUGUCUCUACAGAUCCAAUUGUUAAAGGUCUUCUUGAAUAUGGUCAACUUACAAAACAGAUUAAAGAUUUCUUAAAGAAAAGAUUAGCCAGUUAUUCAAUUCCCACUCUGAUUGUUGUAAUGAAUAAGCUUCCUUUAAAUCCUAAUGGGAAAGUAGAUAAACCAAAAUUGCAAUAUCCAACAGAAAAGCAAUUGCAAUUAGUUCAACAAAAUACAAAUAUUGAAAAUGAAACUGUUAAUUUUACUCCAACUGAAAAGAGAGUACUGGAAUUAUGGCUGAAAGUUUUACCUUCUCCUCCUGCUUCAGUCACUGUCGAGGAUUCUUUCUUUGAUCUGGGUGGUCAUUCGCUUUUAGCUACUAAAAUGAUUUUUAUGUUGAAAAAACAGUAUAAUAUAAAUAUUCCAUUAAACACAAUUUAUAAAUUUCCAACAAUUAAAGAAUUCGCAAAUAAAAUUGACAAUAGGGAAGUUUCUGAAACUGAAACUGAUACGUCUUCAAUUACCUCUUCAAAUAAUUAUUUUGCGGAUGCUAAAAAACUAGUAAAGAGUUUGCCAGAAUUAUAUCCUUCAAACUCUGCAAAUAAUAUAUCCAAUAAGAAAGCUAUUAAUUUUUUUGUCACUGGUGUAACCGGAUUUUUAGGUUCUUAUAUCUUAUCAAAUAUUUUAAACCGUGAAGGAGAUGUCAACUAUAAAGUAUUUGCUCAUGUUCGUUCUAGCUCCAAAGAAGAAGGCUUGCAACGUAUAAGAAAAGCUGGUAUUAUAUAUGGUACUUGGAAUGAAUCAUUUGUGGAAAAUAUCGAAGUUGUGCUAGGUGACUUAUCCGUCAAGCAAUUUGGAUUAUCAGAUGCAGAUUGGAAUUCAUUAGCAAGUUUAAUUGAUGUAAUUAUCCAUAACGGUGCUUUAGUUCAUUGGGUUUAUCCAUACUCUAAGUUAAGAGCUUCAAAUGUAAUUGCAACAAUUAAUGUGAUGAGUUUAGCUACAAUUGGUAAACCAAAGAAUUUUGAUUUUGUUUCAUCAACUUCUGUUUUAGAUACUACGUUUUAUUUUGACUUAUCGGAAAAGUUAAUUAAAGAUGGUAAAGAUGGUAUUUUAGAGACUGAUGAUUUAAUGGGUUCAUCGAAUGGGCUGUCAGGUGGUUACGGUCAAUCAAAAUGGGUAGCUGAAUAUUUAGUGAGAGAGGCUGGUAAGAGAGGUUUAAGAGGUUGUAUUGUUAGGCCAGGUUACGUUACAGGUGCUUCCAAAAAUGGUUCAUGUAAUACUGAUGACUUUUUAUUGAGAUUUAUGAAAGGUUGUUUGCAACUAGGAUAUGUUCCAGAUAUUGAUAACAGUGUCAACAUGGUUCCUGUGGAUCAUGUUGCACAAGUAGUGGUAGCUACAUCUUUGUAUAGUCCAAGUUCUACUGAAUUGCCGGUUGCUCAUGUUACAGCACAUCCUAGAAUUAGCCUCAGGGAUUAUGUCUCCGUCUUAAAUGAUUAUGGUUAUUUUGUAAAGCAAACAAGUUAUGCUGAUUGGAGGGAUAGACUAGAAAAUGCAACCAUCAAUGAAGGUCAAGAAAAUGCAUUAUAUCCUUUAUUACAUAUGGUAUUGAAUAAUUUAGAAGAAAAUACGAAAGCUCCAGAAUUAGAUGACCGAAACGCACAAUUUUCUUUAGACAAGGAUAAUGCAAAUGUUACAAAAUCAAUCAGUAUGGGUGCCACACCUCGACAAAUUGCUAUAUAUAUAUCUUUUUUGAUUCAAGUGGGAUUUUUAAGCAAUGUAGCAAUUAACUCUACUAAGAAACUGCCUGUUUUAGAACUAACUAAGUCACAAAUUGAACUAGUAUCCUCCGGUGCUGGGUCUCGUACUAGUUCAGCAAAAUAA